AGCUUAAGGAGGAGGGAAGGGGGAAGGGGGAGGGGGGGCAAAAGCGUGUUUGGAGUGAAUAAAAGUAUUGCAUGGGUGCCACAGAAAGAUUGAGAUUAGGAGAAUCUCAACUCUGCGAGAAAAAAGCAUCUCCAGCAGCUGGGGCAGACCGCAACUCCUCUAAUAAUCAAUCAAACAAAAGGUUUCAUUUCAGCUCUGAAUUUCUCAAGAAAAAGAAACGCUGCAGUUCCUACGAGUUUCCUAUACGCUCGAAUGUCCAAAUAAAUAUCCCUGCUAAUUCAUAAAGGAAAUGGGACGAAAGCGGCGUUGCUUUGCCGUGGGGGGCAAAAUGGCGAGGCCUCGAUCGCAGCCCCUCGUAAUGUUGACCACCAAUUUCCCUUGAAGAAAACUAAUGAUGGAUCAUGGAGGGCGUGUAAAUAAUUGCCCGUGUCGACCGAUUAAAGAAGUGCAAACAGUCAAAUAAUGAUGAGCGGGGUGGGUGCACAAGUUUUACAGCCAGGCAGGCACCUUGAGAAAGCGAGCAUAAACUAAUGCCUGCGAGGGUUGGCAAUGUCAGGGAUGCCCUCUUUACGCCUGCUCCUCCCCUGCUCUGCUAUAUGUGAUGCGGUGCGGUGCGGUGCCAAGCAAGUAAGUAACCAGGGAAGAUGGAGUUGUAACUAAAGGAAAGCAAAGGUAAACACCAUGAUUAAAGGGCUGUUAACAAAGGAAAGAUAAAGCGGGAGCGAUUACGGUGCCAUAAACAUUUUUGUGCUUAAACAAAACAGGAACAGGCCAUGGAUGGCGGUGGUGGCCAGUUUGUGACUAGGCGGAGGAGGAGAGGACUAAAGCUGUUUGUUCGUUGCCCCUCUCUCCUCUUUCUCUCUCUCUCUCUCCCCCUCCCUCUCUCUGGUUAACCAUGCACAAAAACUAGUAGGGCCUCUGGUGGUAGUGGUCAAGAAGAAGUGGUACUAGUAGUGUAGUCCUACAAAUGCCACAAGCCUUUGCCUACACACUCCCUCUAGCUAUCUAUGUAAGCAUUGGUCUAUGCGUCUCCCUCUUUUCCUAGCCCAUCUUCUUCCUACGCCCCUCGCCGGAACACCUAGCGCCACAAUCUGCAGCGGCCGCCUCUCCUUUUCUUGCCGUUUCUGUCCAUAGGCUCGCUGCCAUAAGACCUUUUGCCCGCCUCGCUUGACUGGCGCUCACAUCGCAUUGCCCAUACGCUUCUCUCCGAGCAGAGCACUUCGUCUUCUCCCUCGUGUUCUUUCGGCCAGCGGAGGAAUCCAUUUGCUCUGCUUCUUGUUGGAGAAGGCAGUUGGCUAGGGGCCAUGGACAUGAACGAGAGCAACGAGAAAGGGAUGGAGGGCAAUGGUUCCUCUGGCCCCGGCAGCGGCAUCCCCGUGGAGUGGCAGAGCCAAUUCGGCGGCGGCAGCGGCGGCUUCUCGGCCCACCACCAUCACCACCAGCAGCAGCAUCCCCACAUGAUGGACUCCUUCGCGUCCGGCAUGUGGCCAUCGGCCUCACAGAACGGGGCGGGGUUCCUGGCGCCCGUGCCCGGGUUCCUCCCGCCGCCUGGCCUCGGGGGCCAUUUCCCUGUGGACUCGGGCUUCAUCGAGCGCGCCGCGCGAUCGUCGUGCUUCGUCGGCCCCGGUGCCGGCGGCGGGAUGAUAGGCGCUGGGGCUUUCGGUGGGGCGGGCGAUCAGCACAUGGGCAGCGCUUUCGGGGAGGGGUACUUGGAUCAUCGGAGGAAGGACGGCGGCGACAAGGCCGAGCCGGAGCUCGCCGGGAGCGGCGGGGUGCCGAGCUCGGAGGCAGCCGGCGGAGACUGCUCGUCCAAAGGGUCGGACUCCAAGAAGAGGAGGAGGCCCAGCGAGGUGAUGGGAGGCGAUCAGGUUCAGUCCUCCAACGUGGCCGCUGAUUCGGCGAACGAGAGCGUCCAGAGCAAAGAUAAAGGCGAGGAGAGCAGCCCGGCGACGGGGACGACGACCGGCGGCAGGUCCAAGGGGAAGGGGGCCAAGGAGGGCUCCGAGAAGGAAGACUACAUCCAUGUCCGAGCCCGGCGCGGGCAGGCAACCAACAGCCACAGCCUCGCUGAAAGGCUGAGAAGGGAGAAGAUCAGUGAGAGGAUGAAGCUUCUGCAGGACCUUGUUCCCGGCUGCAGCAAGGUCACCGGGAAGGCGGUGAUGCUCGACGAGAUCAUCAACUAUGUUCAGUCCCUUCAGAGACAAGUUGAGUUCUUAUCGAUGAAGCUCGCGACAGUCAACCCGAGGCUUGACCUCAACAUAGAGGGGCUUCUCUCAAAAGAUCUUCUUCGCUUCCCUGGGGUGUCUUCGUCCUCGAUGGGAUUCUCCCCGGAGAUGAUGCACCCGCAGCUGCAGCUGUCGCAGCCAGGGCUGAUGCAGGGAGGCGCCGCCGCCAUGGCUAACUCGGACGUGUUCAGAAGAAUCAUGCAAGCGCAACUAGGAGCAAAAGAUGGAUCCCAUUCCCAGAUGGCCCACGCAUUGAAUGGCCCGUUCAGCGAGCACGUUGCGCAGAUGGCGUACCCGUCCAUGGGCUCCUCACACUCGCAGGACCUCAGCAUGAGGCCGUCCCAGGACGCCUACCAAAUGUGACGCCACUGCCAGCCAGCUCCUCCUGAGAGCCACCCGGCCCGAGUCUGUUUGUCCAGCUAGCUGGCCUAGCUAUCAAUCACCUGACCGCCAACGGGACGGGCAGCAGAGGCCGGCCACAUGCACCAGCAAUAUCACCACUGGAGCUGCUGCUGCUGCUGCUGCCGCCCCGUGCGUGCGUGCAGUGCACAGCUGGAGCCUUUAACUGCUCCGUGCGUGGCCGUGUGUAAAUCGACCGUGUUCUUGUUGUAUCCGGGGCUGGAACUGGAAAAAAGGGGCCGAACCCCACGGGCAGAAAUGAGAUCCUGUGGCGUGGAAUCGAUGGGAAUUGUCUUCUAUCUGCAUUUAUGUGUGGUGCAUGCACGAGGCAGCGGCAGCGGCUGAUGAAUUGCUGCUGCCUCCUCCUCCUGCUGCUGCUGCUGCCGGACGUAUCUCAUCUCAUGAUGUAAUGCGAGGGGUUUCCCGUUUGUGUUGGGUGGAA